AUGACCCAGAUUUACCAGCAGUACAAAGGCCAGGUGGAGUUCUUCGUGGUUUACGUUCAGGAAGCCCACCCCACUGACGGCUGGCAGACCGACAGCAACAUUCAGGAGGGUGUCCUUUUCCGCCAGCACCAGAGCUACGAAGAACGAGAGGAAGUAGCCCAGAGUUGCAGCUUAGACCUGCAUAUUGGGUUGCCUAUCCUAAUUGAAGAAAUCGACAAUGCCAUAGAUGAGGCCUACGGAGCGGCGCCCGAACGUCUCUAUCUGGUCGGGAAAGACGGCAAAGUAGCCUACCACGGCGGCGCCGGACCCCAUUUCUUUGAUCUAGAUGAAUGGAAGCAGGCGAUUGAGGCUUGCGUUGAGGUUGAGGCCAAUCCCUAG